ACACUAGCGGAAGAAACCCGAAACGCCCACCGUUUAUAAGCCGUGGUCGCAUUGCAAGACAGAGGUCGUGAUAAGUGAAAAGAAAGAGGCGAUUUUCGAGUGUUGGGUGACCGCUGAGAGUACAUACGUUGACAGCAGAUAGAGCUAGAGGAAAGGGGAAAGAUGGGGUGUGUCAUGAGCGCAGAGGAGAAAGCUCAGCAGCAGAUGAGCAGACGGAUAGACGACGAGUUGGCGUACGAGAUGGCGCACAGAAGAAGCGAAGUAAAGCUACUGCUACUCGGUGCUGGGGAGUCGGGCAAAAGCACUUUUGUGAAGCAAAUGAAGAUCAUCCACGACAAUGGGUUCACUAGGGAGGAGUGUAAGCAGUAUCGACCUGUCGUCUAUAGCAACACGAUACAGAGUCUGGCCGCCAUCAUUAAAGGAAUGGACGUGCUCGGAAUCAACUUCGCCAGCCCAGCAAGAAGAGACGACGCCAUGCUCCUGUUUGGCAUCACGGCAAGACAUGCGGACACGGAACCGUUCUCUCCCGGCCUGCUGGCUGCCAUGAAGAGAUUAUGGACCGACCCGGGAGUUCAACUCUGCUUCAAACGCUCCAGCGAAUACCAACUCAACGACUCUGCGAAAUACUACCUGGACAGCCUCGAGAGGAUUGGGAACCAUCGCUACGUCCCCACAGUUCAAGACAUCCUCAGAACGCGGGUCAAAUCAACUGGCAUCGUGGAGUACGAGUUUGAUUUCAAAGAACUUCACUUCAGACUUGUGGACGUUGGAGGUCAGAGGUCAGAGCGGAAAAAGUGGAUCCACUGUUUCGAGGACGUGACGGCCAUUUUGUUCUUUGUGGCUCUCUCGGCAUAUGACAUGGGGCUUCGGGAAGACGGUGUCGUGAACCGGAUGGACGAGGCACUGCGGCUGUUCAACUCUAUCCUCAACAACAAGUGGUUCAUGGAGACUUCCAUGAUCCUCUUCCUCAACAAGAAAGACCUGUUCCUAGAAAAGAUCAAGGAGAAGCCCUUGUCUCAAGUCUUCCCUGACUAUCAAGGUCGAAACACGUACCAGGACGGCAUAAACUACCUGAGGGAGCGGUUUGUCAGUCUCAACCAGAACCCUGCGAAGAAGACCGUCUACACACACGUCACGUGUGCCACAGACACAAACAACAUUCAGUUUGUGUUUGAGUCCGUGACAGACAUUAUAAUUUCAGAACACCUCAGAGAUGCAGGGAUCAUCUGAUGUAUAUUGUAUAUAUUUAUCCCACCCAUUUACCUACGUACACCAAAUUAAAUCUAUGACGUCACCAUUAUGUAAUGUAUUGUCCCCAUUGUUGUGUAUGCUGUGGCCUGGAUGAAGUGUGCAAUUCUUUGGCACGGAAAAAACCAAGCCAUGCCCACACUAGCAAGCACCAUCUUUUUCUCUUCAUGCUAUAUGGUUGUAUGUAUUUCUCCUCACUGACUGCUCUUUGCUUUCAUCUCUUGUGUGUAACAUUGCUAUAUCAUUUUCUGACACUUGAAAUUUUCUUUAAAAAGCGCAACACUGUAUAGAUUUUGACGGGUAGUAAACAUAAUGAGCUAUUUAGUUCUUUUGGCGUACAUCUUUGUAAACACUCCUUCUUCUCCUCUUUGAAACACUAAUCUUCUCUGUUGAAAUUUGUCUAUGUGGUAAUCAAUGACAUUCUGCAUAGUCAGGCUCAGUUCUUCUCCGAUGGCUUCCGAGUAUGAGAGGCGAAGAGCAGCAACUAUCUCUGUCUUCCUCCCACUGGCAUACAGAUAGUCAUACUCCUGAGGCACGUGGAUGACGAGGAAAUUGUCCGACAAUAGGCUGACGCUGAUGUGACUGAUGUUCCCAAUGGCGAUUCUCCGUCGAAUUUUCAAGGAGCCAGGCUCAAUGUUGUAUACUCCCCCUUCUAGAGAAGAUAAUAAUAAAAAUAGAGCACUUGCAUUUUUGGAGCUACAAAUAUAUACAAACACAGCUAGUCUGCACCGCUCCCAACACAACAUGCAGAAUUUCGUAUCUUUACUACCAAAAUUCCAUAUUAUGCCGACUGACAACCAUACCUGUAUGCAUACCCACGAG